AUGGGCCUCUUUUUUGUCCUCUUCAAGCCUCUUGCCCUCUGUUUAACCAACGGUGGCACCAAGAUCGCUGCCUUCUCGUGUCACCAUCCUCAGCUCUUGCAAUCACAGCAGCAGUCCUUGAUAUGUCCGUCUGCCUUAGACUCCGAGUUUGCUCGUUCUGAGAAGUCCAGAUGUCAUAAAACGCCCGGCUCCCAGACACGACAAAGGAAAAGGGCUCGCCACCGAAAGAAUGAUGGUAAAACCCAAAUCGUCGACGCUUACAAUAAUGGUGAUGACGAUGCUGAGAACUGGCGUGAACGAUUCCAUGAACCGGAACCUCUUUUGCCGCGCAUCGACUUGAUGCGCUCGAGAGCGUUCAAAAGUGAUAGUGACUUUGAAGAAACGGAAGAAGAAGACAAAGAAGACGAAGAGGAAGAUCAGCAGCAACGGCCAGAGAAGUUCGAAGAAGAAAAGACAAAAAGUAGUCUGAAAGAGCAGUCAAACGAGCAAGACAUGAAAAUGCAAGUUGGUAUUGAAAGGGAUGAGAAUAUCGAGAGAAUCCUGGACAACAGACUCGAUGGCAGCACCAGUAAAGCGGCCUUUAGGCAACCAGAAGAUAUUUUAACACAUUGGACUGACGCCGAUCUCAGAUUCGGGCUCGAACCCGGUCGGCUUGGCUAUGUCGCAUACAGUUUGCCUGGGCCUCCGGACCAGAGUAUGAAUGAACUCAUUCUUGGUGACAAAUAUGACGAUGAAGAUGAAGAAGAGGAUGAACUUCCACUCUCGGUGGCCACCUCGACUGGCUUUCUGCCCACUUCGGAGGAGGCGAUCGAUAUGCUGGACGAAGAUGAUCCUGAUUUUGAUCUCAAUGAUCGAGAAGGCCAGGACAUAGGCUUUGAAUACAGC